AUGUCUCCUGCAGACUGUCUGGAAUAUCUUGAUCUGCAUGGUCAAACAAAACACUAUUUCAAGAUCAGAUUAACCGCUGAAUUUGUUUUCGAAAAGCGUCCCGGCAUGUUCUGCUGGUUCCCCACUACCAAGACUACUGUCCUUUCAUCUGAGCCCAUCAAGUGUGAGAUCGCAAGGACCAUGCUUGAGAAGAUCCAUACAGACUUUUCAUGUUCAGUUGUGCAUCAAGUCUGUCGCAAUUGGUUUAACUGGAACACUGUAAAGCUUCCUCCAAAGAUGCUUCAAAGACUAGCUGCAUCACAACAGGAAGAGCUUGAAUGCAAGUGCCAAACUCAAGACAUGAGCACCUCGUCUUACAUUUUCCCCAAUCCUUUGAGCUCUCCUGCAAUUCUUUCAGUUCUCUCUCCUCAAUCCUCAGCUGUUAGUACCCAGCCAGAUGACGACUGGAGAUAUUCUCUUAGUAUGGAUGCCUCGCUGUCAUCAGGACACUUUUCCUUGACAUCUGAUUGCUCAUCGCUACACUCACUUUCCGAUGAAGACACUGAUAAGCUUUCAAAAACUACUGAGCUUUUGGCAGAAGGUAUCACCAUUCGCACCAAUCGACCACUAAUCACACAAUUAUCGUCUACACACACCCCGAAGACUAUUACUGGGCGACAGACGCCAACAUCUACAUACUCUCUGCAGCCCCCGGCACUUGUUGCUGCGUCCCCUCGUUUGAAAAAUGUAGUCUCUUCGCCUUCUCACUCUGCCGUACCUGUCAUUCAAAACCCUCCUCCGAGCCCUCCUCCAUUCAUAGUCGCACCUUGUUCUCCUUGCUUGAAGUACUCGGUCUCAUCACCUUCCGCUUCAUGUGCUGCGCUACCACACACCAAAUCAAACACACCUCCAAGCCCUCCAUUCAUAGUUGCACCUUGCUCUCCUCGCUUGAAGCACUCAGUUUCAUCGCCCUUGGCUCCAUGUGCUGUACCAUCACAUGUCAAAUCAAGUGCACCUCAGCUUGCUGAUCAAAUCAGAGGUGCUAGUGGUAAAGCAUCACGUCAAAGGUCAAAGGUUGAAAAUCAGCUUGAAAAUCAGCUAGAGAAUCCGGUCCAGAUCUCAACAUCAAUGAGAGGGACCGAACAAGAUUCGCAUUUGACCGGGUGUCCAAAUGAUGCGGACUCUGAGAAUAUUUCCAUGGAAAUUCGGGGUUAUCUUCAGGAUCUCUCGCUUCACGCUAUAACAAUGGAUGAAAUUUGGAGGUGCAUUGACCAGGUUGAUGGAUAUGGUCCCUUGAACUGGCAAGCAGUUCUUGUGAAGCUGGGAAUACCCGAGGAACGGAUGAAAUAUAUUCUUGCUGUCAUGGCAUGUGCAAGUAAUAACUGUGGAUUUCUCAGUCCGAAUACUUGUCUUAGCAAUGUAGUUUUUGAUCUAACCUUGUGUGGAUUUAUGAGCCCUGACUUCAGCAAUUCUGAGGCGAUGCACACAGAGCAACAAAUACACCAAGAUUGA